AUGCAGAAGGAAAUGGAUAUCAAACUUCAAGCUGACGCGUGCUCCGACCACGAUGUGCAGAUGGGCAACUUCUCCAUUGACCCUGCACGGGAGAAGAAGCUUUUGUGGAAACUUGAUCUGUGCAUCUGUCCACUGGUGAUGCUCAUUUUCCUGGUGGCAUAUCUAGAUCGAAGUAACCUGGGAAAUGCAGCUGUUGCAGGAAUGCCGGAGGACCUUGGCUUGGUUGGAAACGAACUAGGAAACGCGGUUUCUUUGUUCUAUGCGACAUAUGUUUUCUUCGAGAUUCCAUUCUCAAUGCUCCUCAAGAAGUUACGACCAAACCGAUUGAUCUCGGCGUUGAUCAUUGGCUUCAGUGUCUCCAUCAUAGGUGCCGGCUUUAUUAAAAAUGUUGCUGGGCUCUACGUCACUCGGCUUCUUUUGGGUGUCUUUGAGAGUGGUCUCUUUCCAUGCUUGACUGUUCUUCUGACCACUUUCUACAAACGUGAAGAGCAAGCACAAAGGAUAUCCUAUCUUUUUGUCUCUGCUGCCCUCAGUGGAGGAUUUGGUGGGCUUCUAGCUUUUGGACUGAUUCGCCUAGAUGGCGCGAGCGGUCUAGAAGGCUGGAGAUGGCUCUUCAUCGUGGAGGGCCUGAUGACUGCCGUUGUCGGAAUCGCCACUUUUUUCUUGCUCCCGAAUGACUUUGAAACAGCCUACUUCCUGAAUGAAGAAGAGAGAGUGCUCAUGCGCCUACGACUCCAGCAAUCUGCACACCAGGUUGAGACUGAAGAGUUUGAUAUCAAGGAAGUGUGGAAAACACUGAGAGAUCCCAAGACAUGGCUCACCUCUUUCAAUCAAAUCUGUGUCAACAUCUGCUCCUUUGGGUUCAGCACUUUCCUGCCAACCAUCAUUAGAGGAUUUGGCUAUGAUUCAGUGAAAACCCAGCUACUCACUGUCCCCGUUUAUAUAUGGGCAUCCGCAUUCUACCUAGUGAUCGCCAAUCUCUCCGAUCGGGUACGCAUGCGAGCUGUCUUUAUAACCCCACUAUGCCUGGUUAGCGCUGUGGGCUACGCUAUGCUUCUAGGGGUGGAUGUUCAUGCACGGGGCCCAUUAUACUUCGCGACAUACGUCUGUGUUACAGGAAUAUAUGCCACAGUUGGACUCGGCGUAAGCUGGAACGCGAACAGCCAUUCCGGUUAUUACAAGCGCGCCAUGGCGGUGGGCGUCCAGCAAUCAAUCGGAAAUUGUGCAGGAUUGAUAGCAGGCCAAAUUUACAAAUCGGAGGUCAAUGGACGCUACCUGGUUGGACAUUCGGUUUCCCUGGCGGCAAUCUGCCUGGCAUUCCUUGGAAAUGCAAGUAUGUGGGUUUUGUUACGAUACCACAACACAAAGCGAGCCCAGCUGUCGCCCGAGGAAAGAGAUCGCAUCGUCAACUCCGCUUCGUAUGAAAAGCAGGGCGGGGAUUUCCAUCCGGAUUUUCGCUAUAUUCUGUAG